AUGCCCUCUGAUCAGCUGGCUAGACUGGGGGGUUGGCGCUUCAUCGACGUGAUGACUAAGCACUACCUCUCAACUAUUCCGAGGGAGGCCGUGCUCCUGAAGGCUGGCUUCACAGGGGUUGAUGGUGACUACUUCCUAGGUUGCACAACUGUUCCGAUGAGUGAGAAGCUGGAGAAGCAAUUGAGGAAGCACAUUUUCUCCUGGGCCGCACCGGACAAAGGACAGAAACAGUGCCAUGAUUACAACUGGAAGAUGGUCAGCGAGGACAAGGCGGAGAAGCAGGACACCGCAGGUCUAAACAUACUGAAGGAGCUGGAUGGGGAGGCUAGGAUGGCGGUCGCGCAAGACCUGGCCAUGUAUUACAUCCACCAGCCGCGACACCCGUACAUGGUCAACAACCCGCUUUGCCAGACGGAGGAAUUUGCGCGCUCAGGGCCGACCGCGGAUCCGAGUCCGGCAAACACUUCUGGAGCUGCAGCUGCGCCUACCAAUGCCGCAACCCCCACCGACCAGGGAACGCGUAAGAAACCCGCACAGCCGACCAGGGACGAGACAAUUCGGGACGCAAUCAUGAAAUCAUGGGUCAACGCGACCAAGCCGUCGGACGAAUGGAAGCUGUACAAGUCCACGCACCCGCUGAUCGGCGAGAGUCCAGAGUCGCUCCUGUCCCAACCCCGCAAAACAGUUACGCGAAUGGCCGAGCUCAUUGGGAAGGAGGGAGGCGGCCAGAACGCCGCCCAGAACGCGAUAAACCGUGUAAAGCGAGUCAUGGACUUCAUCUCCCGCAGGGUGGAGCAAGGAGACAACAUCGCGGUCGUGCUCGACAAGCUCGGCCUCGUGUCUCGAACUGUGGGCAUGUCGGGUGUGUCGGAAGGUAUCGCAGUGAAGAAGAAGAGUGUUGACUUGAACCUGAGCGAGCUGAAAAAAGGUUCUCCGGCGGAGGUGCAGUUGCGGGUGAAAUGGAUGCUGGUACGCGACCGCAUGAUCGAUGCCUCUCUACCCGCCUCAGAGUUUCCGGUCGCGUGGCCUCAGUACUGUGCCCAGAUGCCCCGACUAGCUUAA